UCAUCCUUUUGUUGUCUAUAAAUUAAGUACCAGUUAUGCACUGGAGUCGAUGUAAUCGACUUGUGCCCUCCCACCAAACUUUAGGCCUUUAGUAGAAAGGAUUACAUGGGAAAAGUUGAAUAAAUGUCAACUCGACUACCUUUGAUAGAAAUGCGUACAUGUUUGUGUAUUAAAAAUAAUCCUUUCUACUAUAGGCACAAGGCCUGGAUUUUGUGGGGAGGGGAACAGUCAAUGACAUCAACCCCAGCACCCAACUGGUACCUAAUUUAUUGACCCCAAAAAGAUGAAUGGCAAAGUCGACCUCAGCAGCCAGCUCGCGGCCUUUGAGUAUUUGAAAUAAGGAAGGAAUCAUUAUGUCCCUGAAACUUUGACGCUUUCACUAAGCUAAUUGUUUUUCUUAUUUUUCUUCAUAGAUUCACUAUGGAAGACAAAUCAGGAAAUACUUCAAGAAGACUUGCAUCCCUGAAAAGAUCCUCCUGGGGCUCAACAUCAGAAAGAGAAGAAGAUGUCUAUCAUAAAAAGUGCCGAUACUGGAGAGAUGAUGGAUCAAGGCGAGAAGUAUCACAGAAACGAUCUUCAUCACAGCCAACAACAAAACAAAAAAGACAUAAAGGAGACGAUAAAAACUGGGAAAUAAUUAGAAAACGAGAUAUUUUGGACAAACGUGUAUAUUAUACAAGGUUCAAUGCCUAUGAAGACAAAAUUAAUUUGUUGAUAAAUUCUCGGGAAGAAAUAUGUACUUUUUUAAAAAGUAUAGGAAUGGAUGAAAAUACUUUUCUAAAAGAUUUUACACAGAGAAUAGAAAUUUUGCAGAAAGACAUUAAGGAAUAUGAUUACAGCCAAGAUUUUGUCAUUUUUGCGAAUCUUGAAUGUUUUCUGGAACAAUACGUUAAGACAAAUGUUUUUCAAGACAAACACAAAACAAUUGAAGCACCAAAAAUAAUCAACAAAUUUCGGCCACAUUCUUCGGUUGUAAACAGAGAAGCAAAGAUUGAGGAAUCUGGAGAAGACUUAAGCAACCCAAUAUCCAAUAUUGUUGUCAUACAAGGGGGAAUUGUAACAUAUUCCCGCCACUGCAUGUCAAUAUGUUGUGUAACAAGAGACGGCAACAGAAACGAUGUUCAUUGCUCAUCUUCUGUUACUGACUUUACCAGAAUCAGUGAAGACACAGUCCUGGCCACCCUACCAUUUCAAAAAAUGAUUCUUAUUAUCAACCCUUUAAGUUUGAGAAUCAAAAGAAUUCAGCUAGGAUUAAUCUUGGUUUCUUAUUUGGAACAUUCUACGCUUAUGGGUGUAGAACUGUUUGGUCGAACCAUAUAUGUCAUUGACUGGGAAGAGAAUAGAAUAAAAUACGAAUUCAUAACACAAGAAAUACCAACAGAUAUUGCUGUAGGAGCACAAAAUAAACUCUUAGUAUCCUUUUCCAAUAUUAACAGGGUUACCUGUUACAAUGUGGAUGGCCAGCAGUUAUUUGGGGUGGAUACCAAUUCUCUGGACAUUCCAAGCCACAUCUCUGUGUAUCAAAACCAUUUUUAUGUCCUCCAGGGACAUAUUAUUUAUCGGAUUUCAGGUACGGGUGCUGUGACAACAAGAGAAAUUGGCAUGAAAUGCCGCCAUAUUUCUGUUGGCAAAAAAACAUUUUUGUAACCGAUUAUUUUGAUGUCCUUCAUAUCAUUGGAACAAAUGAAGACUUUUGGCCCAGGCAGUCAUAUAACUCCCAGCUAUGGACCCCAAGAUUGAACAACUAUAUUUAUAUUGAGGAUUGCUACAACGUUACUAAUAUUCUACCUAUGUCUACAUCUUCUAUAUUAAUAUUCUACAGGAAUAAUAAAGCUAUAUUAUUCACUGAGACUGGACAAAUAAUUAACCAAAAUAAUUCAACUUUCCUUGAGAUUCCUUCUUGCUUUUGUAGAAUGAAUUCUAAAGGAUUUCUGGUGUUUUAUCGUGAAAACAAAGCAUUUCAGUGUAUCACAUGUCCUAGGCUAAUGAAAGGCCCUUUAAUGAAAGUCCAUACUGAUUACAUUAAACUAUGUCAUGUUGUAUCAAAUAAGUAUUUAGCUCUAACCACAAAUGGAAACAAACACGAGGUCCAUAUCCUCUUGAUCAAGGAUGAUAAAGUUGACAUUAUAGAAAGAAUUUCUCUGAGACAUCAUAAUGUCAGCAUUGCUGCAACUCCAGUUAAUUUUGUAGUCGUAGAUGGAAGCGAAAAUAAAAUGGUAUUUUAUUCCACAUGUGGUGAAGAACUUUUUCAAAAAUACCUUCCAUUCUAUGGCUACCCUCAUCACAUCUACUCUGAUAAUGUUUAUUUCUAUGUCCUCUUCAGGAGACACUCUAUUCUCAGAUGCUACGAUCUAUAUGGAGAAAUGAAAUGGCAGUGGGAACUGCCUUUCCCUGUUCACCCUCACAUUGCUGUUUUCCAAGGAACUCUUUAUGUCCCGGACACUCAACUCAACAGGAUUCUUCUAUACAAGAAUCAUGACCGGUCUUCUGGCUGUUGUUUACACCCGGAAAAUCCUUAUAUCAGAAAUCUAAAUCUACGACUCAAAGAAAAGGAGAAAGACAAAAAACUUGUCAUUGGCAAAAUAUGUCAUCUGUCCAAUGGACAGUUGGUGGUGUCCGACAUCAACCAUGAUUGCUUGUUGUACAUUUCUCAGGAAGGAGACAUUGUGUCCAGAUUAUCUCUGCCAUCUACAGCCACAGAUAUAUGUCGAUGGGAUUCUAAUCAUAUAGGUGUCACAUUACCCUACAGAAACAAUUAAGGGUCAUUGGAAAC